AUGCCCACCCUCUUCGACCUCGCCGAAGAACUGGCACGAGACCGCACAGCAGAAGCAAGCGGCGAUCCAGAAGACAGAGAUCUUCAUUGGAAUGGAGACAUCGCGAGAUACAACCCGGCCCGGGACCCUGCUCUUACGAACUCGUUCACAGCUCUCUUCUCGAAUCCGGCAUACUGGGGCUCUCACCAAAGCGAAGUGCUGAAAUAUCCACUUGCUUUUCCCGACUCCUCGCUCGCUCGAGGCCCUCUCCCUCUCCCCAUAUCAUGUUGCUGGAACCACCGCGAUCAAGAUGAGCUCUCAGGCGAACUCAUCGUUCCACUCGCCGGUCCACUUAUCGUUGUCAAACACGGCCACUGCGCCCACCCGGAGGAUACUCUACGCUUCCGAUCCAUUCUCCCGUGCCUCAUGCAGACCGUCUUUACUUUUGAGGGCGAGGAAGGGCUCCCCGCGCGGACCUUCGAGGCCAGGUCUUGGGAGGACGUCCUCUCAGAUGAGACCUUCAGCGUACCCGUCCCUCCUCCGCUCAGGAACGCCAUCGCGCUGUACAUCCGUGACGACCCAGAACACGCGCUCACUCGAUAUCUCCUUAAUCGUGCCCACUUCGAUCUAGGACGAUUCCUAUCCUUCUCCGUCUACCCGAACCCCGGUCCAUCUUCCUUCGCGACCCCGUGGAAAAUAUUCGUCAUCCUGGGGCAAGAUCUCCUCCAUGGUCAGCCGUCUUUCAACGAGGUGGUCCGUAUCCGGGACGCAGUUCUGACCGAGUUCCUCCAACGCCUGCGGAACGACGAUCAUUUCCGGGACUGUGCGCUCCGGCUCAUGGCCGCCCACCAACUCCCGGACCUGGAGCUCAUCACCAUUGAGCAAUUCCUCCGCACGAUCCACAUCCAGCCUGUCGAACUCGGGGAUCGUGACGACAAUGGCCCGUUCGGCCUCCUUCUCUUGGCACUCCCCUUCACCAUAGUCAUGCACUCUUUCCUCGUUCUCCUCAUGAAACGCGCCAUCUGCGGAGGGCGCACCUCGACCACGCAAGUAGAUGGGGUGGAGAUGACUCUGUACGAGGACAAUAGCCCGCACCCCAUCAUUCACUGCUGUGCAUGCGGAUCGGACCUUCAUCUCCAAAGCCACUGCCCCCUUACGACUGCCCCCUCGUGGUCGGGGUUCCGCCCUCCAGCACAGGGAAUGCCGAACGCUGUAUCGUACCACGGCCCCGUCGAGGACAUGGUGACCGCGCACGAGUGCUGGGCCAACUUGUUCCUACCAGACUUUCUCCGAAACUAG